CACAGUGGUUAUCUCAAAAACUAUAGACCGCAUUUUGGGGAUUAUUAAUGCGUUCCGAGUCAGCUGACGCCGAAAGCGACUCUGACGCCCAAAAAUGCGGUCUAGGUAGGCAGCUCACUGGUGUUUGAGACACGGCCAAUGUGGCACAGGCAUAUGAACGCGUAAUGCACGCAAUGAUAUUGAGUGAGUGUUUGAGAGACCUUUGAAUUUCUGCAUCUCCGGACGGAAAGGACAGAAUAAACCGCUGUUUUACAGUCUCAGAUCUGUGUAGCUGGAAGAACAAAGAAGGGAGUUUUAUAAUUUACCUCAGUCAUGCAAAAGGCAGGGACGGCCCCGUCCUCCCGGGGUCCAAGUGCUCCUGGGUCCCCAGCCACCUCUAUUGUGGCACGAAUGGACAAUCAGGUCAUUGGAUAUAAAGACUUGGCUGCUAUUCCCAAAGACAAAGCCAUUCUUGAGGUGGAACGGCCAGAUCUGAUGGUGUACGAGCCGCAUUUCAAUAUCUCAGCCCUGGAUCGUAUAGGUCUUUCCAGAAGCAGAGAGAGAUCAAUGUCACCUCAUUCUGUCUCGCCCCCUCCUUCCCCUGAGGUGAGCCAUCAAGCCUCUGUUGAUCAGAUAUUUGCCUCAAAAGAGUCAAAGGAGUGGUCAGAGCAGGGGUCGCCAGGAGUUUCCAACAUGGACUCCACAGUGCAGCUCCGCAAAAUCAGCCCCGCCUCCAAAGGCUCCAUGCAGCACUUCCACAGGCCGGACAGUGGCACCAACAUCUAUAAGAAGCCACCAAUUUACAAACACGACGGACAGACGGGAACGUCUCACAGUAAACAUGAUGUGAUCAUUGAGUCCUCCAAGUUCCCAGCAGCCCAGCCGCCUGAUCCCAACCAACCUUCAAAGAUAGAGACCGAGUACUGGCCCUGUCCCCCCUCUCUAGCCUCUAUGGAGAUCGAGUGGCGGAAGAAGGCAGCCGAACAGGGAAAACCGAUCGAGGACGAUGAGUUUGAGGACCUGACAGAAGAUGCGAAGAGACUCCAGGAACAGGAACUUCAGAAGAUACAGUCCAACUUGGGCAAAUUGAUCCUGAAGGAGGAAAUUGAGAAAUCAGUGCUCAUUCGCAGAAAAACACGUUCCCUGCCAGAUGGGACAAACAUACAUUUGGGAUCAUCAGCCAGUGCUACUAAAUCCACCUCUUUACCUCCUUGCAGUCAAACAGGUCUCACAAGGCUCCAGUCUGCAGACUUCACCUCCACAGACAAUGAAAAAGCAAAAACAGGUGUACAGAAUGGCGAUUCACAGAGUGGGAGAAUGGACAGAGGAAGCUCUCUUCCUAGUAUUCUGGAACAGAAGAUAUAUCCAUAUGAAAUGCUGGUUGUGACCCACAGAGGGCGCAGUAAGCUUCCUCCAGGUGUUGACAGGACCAGAUUAGAGCGGCAUCUGUCUCCAGAGGAAUUCCAGAGCUUAUUCGGAAUGUCCAUCACAGAAUUUGAUCGUCUGUCACUAUGGAAACGGAACGACCUGAAGAAGAAAGUGUCCCUUUUCUAACAUUUGGACAUUUGGACUUGGACACUGAACCCCUCGCCCUCCAGAGACGCCAGUAAUGUUCACUCUAAUCUAAUACAGAUGCUAUGCAGACAUUUCAAGAUAAGCAAGGAAGAUGACGCCACAUCACCAGAUGUUAUUUCACUCACAUAUACAGUAGUCUCUGUGCGUCGCUGGUGUACAUAAUAAAGACAGGAUGAAGGUUCUCGCAUCCCUACAGUCGCUCCAUAUGUGAACAAAUCAGAUUUCAUAAACUGCUCCAGCCGUUUCUUUACGCCUUACAUCUGUUUCAAAUUCUUAAAGUGCCCAGAGAUGUUUAUAAUAAUAGGCCUAUAUAUUUACACAAAGUUUUAAUCGUAAACAUCACUUUUUUUUUUUAUUG